AUGAGCAACAUUGCAGCUGAGAAAGUCAAGAUAUGCCACACUCCAGCUGAGAAUUUGGUGCUGAGCUUGGUCGAACUAUUUCAUCGAUACACUGGGCUUGAUGAUAAGAUCAAUAGGGCAAACUUGUUGAAGCUGCUGAGGGAGAACUUCCCCAACUUCCUCAAUGACUGUGUGUUGUCUCUUCAUGUGUCUCUAUUCUCUUCUUCCCCCUGGAUAAUAUUUUUAUGUUUGUUUGUAUGUUUUUUAACCCCGCAGGAAAGAAGGGGCAAAAAUUACUUACGCAAUGUCUUUAAUGAAAAAGACAAGAAUAAGGAUAAGAAGAUUGACUUUUCCGAGUUUCUCUGUGUAGUGGGGGACAUAGCCACUGACUACCACAAACAGAGCCAUGGUGCACCACCCUGUUCCGGGGGAUGCCAGUGAUCCCUGGCCAGUCCAGCCUACAGGCCUCCAGACACCCCCAAAACAAUAAAUAUCUCCUUUCACCUGAUACUUGCAUUACUCCUUCCUUCUCUUUUGGUGGUAUUAGUGGACAAAUGGACAAAUACUGACUCUCGGCUUUGUAGACUUUCCACAAGGGGGGUCAACCCAGCUGACAUUUAGUGCAGAGAGGCCUUCCUGGUCUUAUCCCAGGCCCACUUCUGCUCCUCAGGGCCCCAAUGUAGCCCAACUGCUGGCAUCGCAGGAAGGCCCUGCUAGUAUGGCACAUGUUCUUUUUUCUCCUGGGAUAGAGCUGGGAUCCUGGGAAGUCCCUUUGUCUCCCAAGUGGUGCCUGCCUGUGCUUGAGUGUAUAGGGGGUGGGGCAUCUCAGGUGUGGCACUGAGAUGUCCAUCUCCCACCUGGCUGUUUAGGAAAGAGCAAGGAGGAGGAGCAGAUGCUUUAUUUCUUAGUCCUUCAGUGAAGUUGCUUUUAAGAGCCAUGGAGGAGUUGGAUCUCUCC